AUUUAAUACCCGUUCAGAUAUUUUGCUACUUCAGUUCGGAUUUCGGUUCGAGUUUUUCGGAUCGGGUUCGGAUGCCACUUCGGAUUUCGGGUAAAGUGCCCACCCCUAAUCUUAAGUACUGAAAGCCGUUGUUCCUCUUAAAACCCCUUGAAACGUGAACACUCCGACAAAAGACAAAACCAUCCAAACACUAAAAACGAUGUCGUUUCUCUCUCGCCUUCUCCUCCGUGGCACCAACAGCUUCAACACCACCACCACCACCACCACUACCACCACCACCACCACGAACAUCCGCUUUUUCUCCGCCGUCGCCGCAACCUCGCAACGAACGCCGUCCCUCAUCACCCUCGUAAACGACGAAACCGACCCAAAACACAUCACAGAGAAGUUCAAAAAGGCUUGCGAAACAGAAUGGUUCCGCAAAAACAAACCCGUCUACGAGAGAACCGUCCGCCGCCUCGCCGCCGCCAAGAAAUUCGAAUGGAUCGAGGAGAUCCUGGAGGAGCAGAACAAGUACCCCAACAUGUCAAAGGAAGGAUUCGUCGCGAGAAUCAUCAACCUUUACGGCCGAGCAGGUAUGUUCGAGAACGCGCAGAAGGUGUUCGACGAAAUGCCUCAGAGAAACUGCAAGAGAACAGUAUUGUCUUUCAACGCUUUGCUGAACGCGUGUGUGAACUCCAAGAAGUUUGAUUUGGUUGAAGGGAUGUUCAACGAGCUGCCUGGUAAGCUCUCGAUCGAACCGGACAUUGCUUCUUAUAAUACUUUGAUCAAAGGGUUGUGUGGAAAGGGUUCUUUGUCCGAAGCUGUUGCGUUGAUUGAUGAGAUUGAGAACAAGGGUUUGAAGCCUGAUCAUUUCAGCUACAACUUGCUGUUACAUGAGUCUUAUACAAAGGGGCAUUUUGAGCAGGGGGAAGAGAUAUGGAGUAGAAUGGUUGAGAAGGAUGUUGCUAGAGAUAUACGUAGUUACAAUGCUAGGUUGUUAGGAUUAGCUUUGGAGGUGAAGUCAGAAGAGAUGGUUGGUCUAUUUGAGGAACUUAAGGGUAAUGGGAUCAAACCUGACGUGUUCACAUUCACUGCCUUGGUUAGAGGAUGUGCUGGUGAAGGCAAAGUUGAUGAAGCCAAGAUGUGGUACAAGGAGUUAGAGAAGAACGGUUUUCGACCAAUGAAAUUGAUUUUUUCGUCGUUGCUUCCUGCGAUGUGUAAGGCUGGGGAUUUAGAGUCAGCUUUUGAGCUUUGCAAGGAGAUAUUCAGUAAGCGUCUACUUGUGGAUGGGGACAUCAUGCAAGAGGUGGUUGAUGAGUUGGUGAAAGGAUCAAAGCGAGAAGAAGCAGAGGAGAUUGUUGAACUUGCGAAGAAGAAUGAGUAUUUACAGUUCAAGCUAUGUCUCUCUUCCGAAGAGUAAAGUAGUAGUUCAUUAGCAAGCUUAUCAACGAGUUUCUAGUCUAUGUUUUUCUCUCGUUAAGUGUCUUGUUGUUUGCACUUGAACUACCUGAUGUUUUGUGCUCAUGUGCCUUCUUUGACAUUUGAGAGUUAGUACUUCAAUUUGGUGUUGAUGCUAUGCAAUUCCCAACAUCUGCAAGACAGGAGAUAGAGCGGUUGAGAUGUCCGAAGAAGCCAUCAAACACAAUGUCCUGUGUCGGACCAGUAUGUACAAACCCGUGACUGAUCACCUACAAGGAUUUUUCUACUGGCAAGAAGAGUGAUUGAUAAGCUAGCAACUCCCUUAACGAAGGCGUCAUAAUGGUGGCUUCCUAUCUUGUUAUCACUCGUUUAGAUUUGUCAACCAGUUGACUCCACUUGCAAGGCAACAAGGUUAUAUUGGUGUCUCUUGUGAUUUUGUUUUUCACUUUUUUAUUAAUUUUCGGAGGUUCAGAGUUUUCUCGUUAAAUGUUAUAGAUUCUAUUAUGAAGAUGGAACAUUGAACAUGCAUACAAUAGCACAAAUUAUAUAAUAUAAUCCUAAUUUCGUAA